GGAGAACACAACCAUACAAGAAGCCUGAUAUGAUGGGGGUAGUGACAGAUACCACAACGAAUUCACCACCCCCACAGUCUGCAACCAGCAUCACACCGGUACCCUCAGCACCCGUAGCAUUACUCUACCCGACCUUGCCGAAUGACCUGAAAAGCACGCCUCCCCCAUACACGUCUGGCGCUACCCUCAGCCCAUAUAACCCAUUUUUGAACCCUCCUGUGGUACAGGCGCCAGUCUUGUUUGUACAGAGUGGCCUUUUAAAGGGGAACAUGGAACUGAACAUAGGGGAAGGGUUCCUGGAAUGUGAGGAAGUCCAGCCAAAACAGGAACCACCCAAGGCACACCAUUCUCCACCAUUCUCCACCAUUCUCCACCAUUCUCCACCAUUCUCCACCAUUCUCCACCGAGAGCCUCACCAAGAGUGGGGGGUUCGAAUCCCGAGUCGCUGGUAAAGAUGACACUCAGCGACUACUCUGGAGGAAGGGGGAGACAAACAGACCAAAUCCUGCACCCCGAAAGGCACUCCAGAAGGGAAAAAGGAGUCCAAUCAACUGACGGAUGGUCUAACGACCAUGGGGAUCAGGGGUCGAUUGUCUCAGGCUCAUGCAGAUCUGGAAGCUCCACGAAGUGUCAGCCGAGUGAGAAUGAUGAAGACAUGCAAAGGAGGGAUUUCGAGGAGGACUGGCAAGCUUGCAGAGAAGAGGCUUUACGAAAUACCACAAUCAUCGAGAAAGCCGAAGAAGGUGGCACCUGGCACAUUAAGGGAGUGAUGGUGGGCGGAGUCACUGAUCUGACCAGACCUCUGAGGCAGUCUGAGAGGCUGCAGGAAAGGAGGGAAAAAGAAAUCAGAGAAAGGGAGCAAGCUUCCCAAAUGCCAUUGAGACCAACCCCGGGAGGAACCCAUGAAGAUUACCAACCUUGGAAAAUGACUGAUCUCACCACCCUAAUGGAACAGAUGCCUAGUCUCCAUGGGGGAGCCUCGGCCUGGCUACUACAACUCCAAACCCUUACUUCCGGCCACAGACUUGCCCUAGGAGACCUGAGGGCCCUUCUGGCUAGGGCAACAGACCACACUACCAUGACAGUGUUGGUGAGGGACGCCGGGCUUGAAAAGAGCUCUGGGGCUACACCACCCGAACAGUACAGAACCGCACUGUGGGCAGUGUUGAGAAGAGCAUAUCCGACUGAGCGGAACCAUUCGACUCUUUCCUCUUUCACCAUCAACCCGGGGGAACAGCCAGCUGCAUAUUUGGAUAGGGCAAAAACCACCUGGAGGACGGUCCAUGAAGAGCCGUAUGACCAAUCUGACACCACCACUGCAAUGUGGAAAGAAAUGGUCGUUAACGGAGCCCCACACAACGUCAAAACGAAGCUGAGAGCUACUGUGGGUUUAAUGGCACUUCCUAGAGCGCAGUUCAACUCCCAUGUACACCAUCACAUCACUCAAUACAACAAAGACAAGGGAGGAGCAGAGACCCAAGUCCAAUCCCUACAGGUGCAGCUCCUUAAACUACAGCUAAAAGAGGCCCAGAAGGGGGAAAAACCGAAGAAGCAAAUGGUGGCGGAAGACCAACCAGACCUAACCAAAAUAAUUGAGAAUACAGUCUCACAAAUGAUACAGACACAGCAGCCUACCGUCCCAAUACCAACUGGACCCCAGCCAACCCAACUGGCUCCCCAGCCAUACUACCAACCUCUAUACUACCAACCUCCAAUGCCAGCCUACCCCUCACCAUGGGGAGGCGGACAACCGCGACCAAUGAUCUGUCAUAACUGUAAACAGAGUGGACAUGGGGUACGCUUUUGUCCAUUGCCGCCUUCACCAGCACAACAACACUGGUUGGCCAAUAGGGGUAGGGGGUACUCAUUCAGACCAAGGGGACCGUGACCAAUGAUGCAUAAGCCAAGUGCUGCCCCUCAGGCAGUCUACAAUCAUCCAAACCCAAACCCAAACCAGCAGCCACCCCCCUUCCAGGGCAUGUCUGACCAGUACGCACCUUGGCCCUGAAGUUGCCCACCACCACCGACCGAGAUGGGGGGUGGUGGAGGCUGGAGGUCUGGGCAGGUGGGGACCCAUUACUAUGCUCACCACCGCACCCACAUUGGAUAGCGCUAUUCUUACGGCUACAGGGGUCUCUGGCCUUUCUAACAACUGGCUCCUUUUGACAGAGGAAGCAGGUAAGAUGACAAAUCAGAGUUGUGUGAUUUUGAUGUUGUAAUAAAUAUAUCAUUCUAACAUUAUAAGCUUGCUAGUUGCAACAUAGAAGUUAAUCAUACGCUUAUUAAGUAGGGUGUUGGUGGAACCCAUCUGGUGUUACUUAAGUUGUUUACUGAGUCUCUCUACAAUGUUUGGUCAGUGUUUGGCCAACACACUGAAACAGGGUGAGCCAAUAUAGAUUAGGCAUUGCACGGUAUCAAGUGAGCACACACACACACACACACAUAGUCACACACCAAGAUGCAGAGCCCCAAGUGAAAAAUAGGAAACGCCCUAAUCACAAGGGUUUGCAACACAAGAUUAGGCUGCAACAUCUUGUGACCGAAAGACACACACCGACAUGUCAAAACAACUUGCACAACACACACACAACACACAACUUCUCCCUUUUGCCGAGCAUUCAAGGACAAGGGACUUACACCAGAACCUAUAGGAGAAGGACACCAGCAAUACCGAGGAAGGAGCUGAACCCGAGGACCAAUCAGACGAGAGGAACCUCCUAGACUCAACCUACAUCAUUUAUUGUAUAAAAUGUCAAUGCACAAUGUCUCGGGGCUCUUUCUGACGGUUCCCUCAGAACAUGAUGAACGAGUCCGUGCACGCUUUGUCAGAUAUCUUUACCUCUUAAUAAACUGCCUUAUAUCAUACCUUA